AUGAGCUUUGAUGUAUUACUUAGCAUUAUUUGGAAUGAUGAUUUGAAUAAAGCACCAAGAGAAUUUUGCAUAUUUCAAGGGUUGAUGCUUCAAUUUACGACGUAUACAGCAAGUAUUUCUGCAGUUUGUUUCGCCUUGCAAUCGUAUCAAUUAGUAGUUUUAAAGAGAGAAACCUCUAUCAAAUGGAUCUAUUCUUCAAUUAUUGUCUAUCCUAUUCUAAUGACAUCAAUCCUUGUUUCGCUUUCUUACGGAUUUGAUUCGAUUCAUGUGCGUGAUUUAAGCUGUGAUGUUAUAACUCCUCCCUGGGUAAGAUUGGUUGGAUAUGCAGGUUCAAACUUAUUGAUCUCUAUACCUGGAGUAUAUUGGAGCGGUCGAGUCGCUUGGGUAGUAUUUAAUCAUUCGGAACGUACUCUGCGAACCUUUUCGACACUUCCGAUGUUGCAACAAGAAAAUCAAAUCGAAAAUAAUAGUCAACUCAAAUAUAAUUCAUCGAUACCUAUAAAUAUAAAAAUCACAAAUUUUAAUAAUCCAACACAAAAUCAAAACCAACGUCUUACUCAAGGAAUAGGACCGAAAAUAAAAUAUAAAAUAACUCGUACAGCUGCAAUUCGCAUGGCUUGUUUUUCAAUUGGAUUCCUAGUUAUAAGUUUGAUUGUUUCGAUUGACACAUUGAUUAUUUUGUUUUCAAACUCUCCAACAGAAACUAAAAUAUCUGGAAACGAUGGGGCAGGUAGUUUAAUAGGAAUUGUGGUGUUUCUUAUUUUUGGUACUACCAAAGAUUCAAACGUCCUGAAAAAAUGUUUUCAAAAACGAAGAAUCAAGGAAAGAGAAAAUAAUAAUGGGAUAUAG